CUGAGAGACAGGCGAAACGAAGGACUGCAUAGUGUGGUGGUCAACGCGUUAGCCCUCGGAAAGGGUAAUAGCGUGUUCGUUCUUCACCGCAUACAGCUGCGGGACCCUUUCAUGGACGAACCGUCUUGUUCGCUGGCUGUCGACGAUGGCGGCACUCGAAGAGCUCGGUCGGUGACCUCAAGCCGAAUCAGUCUUUUCUUCGCUCGGUCUUUAACUAAACGGCAUGUCGAUCAACAAGAAGCGAUUUGGGAGAUUGUCACCACAGAUCAACAAUUUCUUGUUAACGAUUGCUCAUUUGUCGGUAUUUCCAGACAAACGCAUAAGCCGCUUGACCCUGUGCUCUUAUUGCACGGUUUCGAGGGUAUCAGUGAGUGGUCAAAGUGCUAUAUUCCCUUCAAUCUUGGUCACGACGACAGUCACACUUACGUACAGAAGAAACAAAAGGAUAACGAAUUGUUCAGGGAAUUCGUACAGUGGGCUGAGUCGCAGGAGUCAAUGCGACGGCAGAAGCUGUGCGACACACUGACCAGUCCGAUGCAACGGCUCACCAGAUACAGCCUUCUGUUGAAGGCCGUCCUCUCGAACUCGACCGACGAUCGUGAACGUUUGAUUAUCCAAACAAUGAUCGACCGAACGGAUGCCGCCACUCAACAGUUGAACUUCGAGCUCAACAACAACGACCUCAGACUUCAAAUGGCAGAAAUCAUGAAGAGUAUUGACGGUUACGAUGCAGUCGAUUCCGAAGAUGAACAUUUACAGCUUUUUCCAACGAGGCGAACGACGUUGGAUCUGAUGGCGCCUAUGCCACUCGUGCCUGGGCCACCGCAAUUUCGGAGAGUCAUUCAUCGUGGGAACCUGAAAAUCAGGGAAAGUCGACAAGGACCAAAGAUGGAAAUGCACUGUCUGCUGUUCACAGACAUGCUUCUGCUUUGCAAGACGUCGAAUCGACGAACCGACAAGGGUCUGAGGGUUGCUCGUCCUCCAAUCCAUAUCGCUCAUAUGAUUUAUCAUCCCUUCAAUGACGCCAGUGAGUUUUCUAGAUUAUCACAAAUCCUUACAUAUAGUAGCACUCUGAGGAUGAGUGCCAACGAAUUCAAGCGACUUCAAGGUCGACACAGCGAAUUCGAGAAUUCCUUUUACGACAUGCGAAAAUGGUUCUUAAUUUACUUUAUAUUUUUAAAAUAUUCAUUUUUAACUCAAACAUUUAACCUUCCGCACUGUAUCAGCAGCAUGGACUCACAAGUGGUGGCCGCUCAUGCACACAUCAAUCAAGUUCGUCGAGCUGCAACAGUGUCGUCUACCGAACAACUGGAUCGAAAUCCAGAUUUUGUCGCCUCUUCCAAUGUUCCCUUCCUUCACAAGCUAAGAGUGUCGAGUUGUGCACUAUCAAACAGCAAAAGCAGUGUAGAUCUUCAUAUGACGCUACCGCCAGAAUCAUAUCCUGGCAUAACUCUGCCUGAUGACGCGCGCUUGCUAUUAGAAUUAGGUCCAAGCUUCUCACCAGCGCAACCCAUUUCUAAAGAAACCUUGCGUAGGAUAGCGUGCAGCCUGCACGAGCUCCAAGAUCGACUCCGAAGCAACGCUAGAAUUGAGACACAACAUGGAAAAGAACAACGACCAGCAAGGGCACUACCACCACCUCCAUUUCCUCGGUUAUUCUUUAGACAGCAAGACCCAAACGACGAAGUCGAU